CUUUUUUUGCUUUUAAUAAACAUUUCUCAAUGUCUAAUGCGAUUCAUUCACAUACAGACCUCUUUUGUGACGCUGGACGAGGCCAUUAAGGUCACAAACCGCCGUGUGAACGCCAUCGAGCACGUGAUCAUUCCCAGGAUCGAGCGCACGCUCUCGUACAUCAUUACUGAGCUGGAUGAACGAGAGCGAGAGGGUAAUUCUACAGGCUCAAGAAGAUCCAGGAGAAGAAGAAGCAGCUCCGUGAGAGGACGGAGAAGGAGAACGCCCUGCGUAAGGCUGUGCUGGGGCCGAUCGCCGAGCCCGCGAACAUGCUGAACGAAGAGGCCGACGAGGACCUGCUGUUCGAAUGAGACCCCAGCAUCUGUGCUGCACCCGCAUCAUAUUUAUUCUUUGUGCCUGGAAGGCCGAGCUUUACGUGAAAAGUGGAAGCUCUUGUUUUGUGUGUAUGUUGGUGCCGUGGCACUUCUUUGUUUAUAGUACAUCAGACGGUGCGAAAAUUUGAUGG